AUGAAGCAAGCUUCGCUCCUCCACCUUGCUGUCGCAUCGGCCGCCGCUGUCUCCAUCGGCAGCCGUCCGCAGGCAGACCAGAGCGUGCUCGUGCCUCAUGAGCAAUUCCUGAUUGAGCUUUCUCCCGGAGAGACAAGAUGGAUCACCGAGGAUGAGAAGUGGUCGCUCAAGAGAGAGGGCGUCAAUUUCAUGGACAUCACAGACAACGGCCACACAUACCCUUACAUCACGGUCCAGGAGCAGGUGACCGUCACAUACCCCGCGAAGCCAGCGUACAAUACCACAGUGAAGAAGCUUCAGAAGGACCUGGAGAAGAGUAAUAUGCGCAAGCAUCUCGAGAAGUUCACUUCGUUCCACACCCGAUACUACAAGAGUGAUUACGGCAAGCAGUCGGCGGAGUGGCUAUAUGGCCAGGUCAGUGACCUCAUCAAGGAGUCUGGAGCUGCGAAGCACGGCGCCGAUGUGUACAAGUUUGAUCAUCCAUGGGGCCAGCCCAGCAUCAUUGCACACAUCCCGGGUAAGAGCAACAAGACUGUUGUGAUCGGCGCGCACCAGGACAGCAUCAAUUUGUUCCUCCCCUCGAUCCUGGCAGCGCCGGGUGCCGACGAUGACGGCAGCGGCACUGUCACCAUUCUCGAAGCCCUGCGCGUUCUGCUCACGUCCGACGACAUCGUGAAGGGCAAAGCACCUAAUACGAUCGAGUUCCAAUGGUAUAGCGCGGAAGAAGGUGGCCUGCUCGGCAGCCAGGCGCUGUUCAAGUCCUACGCCGAGACGGGCCGCGACGUGAAGGCGAUGAUCCAACAGGACAUGACUGGCUACGUGCACAAGACGAUCGAAGCUGGCGAGCCCGAGUCUGUGGGCGUCAUCACCGACUUUGUGGACGAGGGCCUCACCGAGUUCAUCAAGGAAGUCGUUACCGAGUAUUGUGAUAUCCCUUACGUGCUGACCAAGUGCGGCUAUGCUUGCUCCGAUCACGCUUCGGCGUCCAAGUACGGAUAUCCAAGCGCGUUCGUCAUUGAGAGUGACUUCAAGUAUUCGGACAACAAGAUUCAUACCACAGAAGACAAGAUCGAGUACUUGAGCUUCGACCAUAUGCUGCAGCACGCGAAGAUGACGCUAGGGUUUGCUUAUGAGAUGGCAUUUGCGAAAUUCUAG